AGACCUUGAACAGAAGCAAAGUCUUCGAAACCAACAAGUAGCAGCCACAACAACAAUCUCCUUCUCGUCGAGGACUUUUUUAUUUUUUUAGGGUUUUCGUAAGAACAGAGGAAACAUGUUUGGAAGAGGACCUUCGAGGAAGAGCGAUAACACCAAGUUCUACGAGAUCCUUGGUGUUCCUAAGACCGCAUCACCCGAAGAUCUCAAGAAAGCUUAUAAGAAAGCCGCUAUCAAAAACCAUCCUGAUAAGGGUGGAGAUCCUGAAAAGUUUAAAGAGCUAGCUCAGGCUUAUGAAGUUCUUAGUGAUCCUGAGAAGCGUGAGAUCUAUGAUCAAUAUGGGGAAGAUGCACUUAAGGAGGGAAUGGGUGGUGGAGGCGGUGGGCAUGACCCAUUUGAUAUCUUCUCGUCCUUCUUUGGUGGUGGUGGAAACCCAUUCGGAGGUGGUAGCAGCAGGGGAAGGAGGCAGAGGCGUGGUGAAGAUGUUGUUCAUCCCCUGAAGGUUUCCUUAGAGGAUGUUUAUCUCGGAACUACAAAGAAGCUUUCACUUUCUAGGAAGGUUUUGUGCUCAAAGUGUAACGGCAAGGGUUCAAAGUCUGGAGCUUCAAUGAAAUGUGGUGGCUGUCAAGGUACGGGAAUGAAGGUCUCGAUCAGGCAGGUUGGACCUGGAAUGAUUCAGCAGAUGCAGCAUGCUUGUAAUGAUUGCAAGGGCACAGGAGAGACCAUCAAUGAUCGGGACAGGUGUCCACAAUGCAAAGCAGAGAAGGUUGUCUCCGAGAAGAAGGUGCUUGAAGUAAAUGUGGAGAAGGGAAUGCAACACAAUCAGAAGAUCACAUUCAAUGGACAAGCAGAUGAAGCGCCUGAUACUGUUACCGGAGAUAUAGUGUUCGUCAUUCAGCAGAAGGAGCACCCAAAGUUCAAAAGAAAGGGGGAUGAUCUCUUUGUGGAGCACACCCUUUCUCUAACCGAGGCCUUGUGUGGCUUCCAGUUCGUUUUGACCCAUUUGGACAAAAGGCAGCUUCUCAUCAAAUCCAAUCCCGGAGAGGUGGUCAAACCUGAUUCAUACAAGGCGAUAAGUGAUGAGGGAAUGCCAAUAUACCAAAGGCCGUUCAUGAAGGGUAAGCUAUACAUCCACUUCACUGUUGAGUUCCCGGAAUCGCUGAGCCCGGAUCAGACAAAGGCCAUUGAAGCAGUUUUGCCAAAGCCGACCAAGGCAGCUAUAAGUGAUAUGGAAAUAGACGAUUGCGAAGAGACGACUCUGCAUGAUGUGAACAUUGAGGAUGAGAUGAAAAGGAAGGCGCAAGCUCAAAGAGAGGCUUAUGAUGACGAUGAGGAUGAACACCCAGGCGGUGCUCAGCGUGUGCAAUGUGCCCAGCAGUGAUCCACAUGCGCAUCUUAGUGAUCUCCAACAUUUGCUUCUUCUUUUCUCUUUUUCGUUGUAUUAUUUUUGGGUCUUUUUAUAGACUUUGCCAAUUCAGUGGGAAGAACCUCGUCCUAAUUCAAAAUCCUUAUUACCAUUUUUUUUGGUUUGAGAAAUAAACUUGUAGUUCUUGA